UGAAAUACAUGUCUUAUUCCUAAUAUUUAAAAUGUUGUUUAAUGUUAAAAAUUCAAGCAUUUAUUUGUGUGUUCGAGUAUUAAUUUAAAAUGUCACUCAAUCAAGAAGUUAAAAACAUUAUGCUACAAAAUGAUGAAACAAAAUUGAUCGCUUUGAAAGAUAUAUUACAAAAAAAUAUUAGUUCUUGUAAUAAUACGAUUCUUGUCGACUCUUUCGAAGAAGAAAAAACUCUUAAAAAUUUUGAAAUCUAUCUGCCAAAGAGUUUUAAAGAAAAACAUAAUGGCAGUUAUGUUGUUUUAAGGUCUCAAUCAACUGGAAACUGUCUGUACAGUUCUAUCUCCUUACGUCUUACUGGAAAUAACUGUAUAGUUAACGAUUUAAGAUUACAGACCUCAAUUGAGCUAUUCUUAAAUGCCGAGUUUUAUUCUAACCAUCCAACUUUUCAUUAUGUUUUUAUUAACAAUACUAGCUCUUUUCUUUGCUAUGAUAACAUUCUUCCUUUAUCAGUAUCACUAAAUUCUUUGGAUUCUGGAAAAAAAAGUAAAGAUUUAGUUCAAGAAGAAGCUAUUAACAAUUGUAACAAUGAAAACUGGUCUUCUUUCCUUUGUAUUCUUGCAUUAUCAAGUGUUUGCAACAAGAAAAUAGAAUGUUUGUAUCCAGAUUUUGGUCUACAGAAGUAUAAAAUUUUAUUCAGCUCAACUAUUUUACCUUGUAUAACUUCCUUAAACACUAUUGAGUCUUUACAUCUCCUUUUUUGUUAUGAAGGUGUAUUAAAUGAUUUUUCAGCUCCUUUUCAACACAACCAUUAUACCCCUGUGAUAAUAAAAGAAAACUUAAAACGAAAAAAUUUAAACAAAAGCUGCAAAAUGUCGCAGACUAAAAUAAAAUUUUAUUUCGAGACCAAACAUCAAGAUAAUAACUAUUCGUUGGACAAUUUAAAAAGUAAACCAAUGGAAGUCUCUAGUCAACCCCCAUUAUCAUUAUCAAAUUUUAGUAAAAUUACAUGUUGCGAAUCAUUUUCUUUACCUUCCAAUAAUUAUGAUAUUGGUUAUUUGGUUUCUAACUAUACUAGUUAUUCAAGUAUUGCAAAAACCUUGAGUAAUUCUGAACUUCAACAUUUAGUUAAAGAUGUUUUUGUACCUUGUAAAACAUUUUCUUUUCCUAAAAAUCUUAAUGGGCGAAGUUUUCAAUUUAUGUGGAUAGAAAAAUUUCCAUGGCUCACAUAUUCGAAAAUAUUCGAUGGAGCCUUUUGUUUGCCAUGUGUACUUUUUAGGUGUAAUUUUCCAUCUGAAUGUAGUUUAGUUGAAAGAUUAUUUCGUAAGCCUUUUGAUCGCUGGAAUGAUGCUUCUCGUUACUUUCAGAAACAUGCAUUUGGCAAAAACAAUAAUAAGUCUGUCUGCAGAAAUAAAGGCUUACAUGUAAAAAUUGCUGAAGUUUUAUUUUCAUUGUCGUCGAUUUGGUCUUCUAAAACAGAAUCAAUAGAUAUUACAUCUCAAAAAAUAGUUCAAUCACAGGUUUCUAAAAAUUGACAGUUAUUACAACCAAUUAUUGAAACAAUUAUUCUCUGUGGACGUCUUGGUCUUUCUUUACGAGGCCAUAGAGACGAUUCAGAGUUUCAUCCUGAAAAUAGUGAGUCUUUUAAUCAUACUGUUGGAAAUUUUAUUGAAUUAUUACAUUUUCGUGUUAAAGCUGGUGAUAAAGUUCUUGAAGAUCAUCAACAAAAUGCU